CAUAGAUAACAUGUAAAAUUUUUCUUCAACUAUUACUUGGCACUUUUGAAAACCCAAGUACUUAACUUCCACCAGAACUAGAUCAAGCAAACCACAGGCUACUAUUGAAGUAGGCAACCUCAGUGUUACUGCACUUUGCGUUGUGAUAUGUUGUUGCGUAUCUGUUAUAUAGGCUAAACGACUGAACAUCUUACAUCUACGAGCAAUAAUUUGUAAACAGAGUUUGACGGAAAUGAGUCGACCUUAAGGUAUUUCUUCAUAUCCUAUGGCCGUGACAAUUGGCAUGUGUUCAUUUAGUGAGGAGGAAGCGGCGGCAGGACGGACGGACGUAUUAAGAGAUGUUUUUCACCGACAUUCCUCUCAGCUUGGCACCCCAUGUGUAACAAACGAAGAGCACAUUGGCCUAUGUAGUGGGGUGGGAAGCUCCGUGCUGACAUUGCUUGUGGCUCGUGCCGUGCCGUGGUCCUGGCAGCGAGUGAGACACGGUUAUCGGGGUGGAGGCAGCUGCGAGAAAGAUUGGACAACCCUGCCCUGAUAAGCUUAUCGGCUGUAAAGAGAAUGUUAUCAUUUGUUAUCAAGGUGCCCCAGUGAAGGGGGUCAUCAUUCGCUGUGCAUGGGUAACACAUAGCCCUUCCUUAGGCUCCUCAGUGCACAGCGAUCAGUGUUACACCCUCUGGACGAUACCAAGGCUGGAGUGUCAUUGUUAGCACCGGUGGGAUGCCCUCCUCCAUGAGCCUCGAAGAAGCAUGAGAAGGCGCAGCCUUCCUCCUGGGGUGCGGCAGGCUGCUAACCCUAAGCAUCAUUGCACCCACGUUAGUAGUUCAGUGCCCCGGACGUGCCGAUGCCCAGCCUGAGGUUUUGAGUACAGGAAGUCUGCACAGCAGCGAUGGCACGAAAAGGUAAUGUGAAUGGCGGCUUUGAGGGUGAUCCCGAAACUGGGAGAGCCCGCCCCGAUGCCGCGAACAGGAUAAACAGACGGCAGGCUGCUGCCUCUUACGGUGGCAGAACCAGCGGUGGUUUCCUAGGGACGGAGGCGACAGGCGAGUCUAUUCCAGUCACUCUGUUCGUGACGGGUAGCGUCCCGUCCAAAAAACUUCCUGUAAGGAAGGAAGUCGCGACCCAGACUGAUAGUUCCCCUGCCACCGUCACCUCCUGGAGGAUCUUACGAACACAACCCGGUGAUGACACAGACGCCGCCUCCCGUGGCUCUGUCUCUUCUGACUACGUGGUGAUGGAGACGCGCGCCUUGGGAUACCAUGCCUCCGCGCAGACACAGAAUGCACACCUGUUUCGAUACAGUGAGGAGCAGGUGCUGGAAAUGGUAAUAGCCUGGCAAAUGAUCACACUCUUCAUCCCCACCACCUGGUACCUGCUGCUGUACGUGGCCGACCAGGUGUCCAGCGUGGUGGUGGCCGCGAACCUGUGCCUGGCAGGAGAACAGUGGUGGUGUGGUCUCAGCAUCUCGUUCCUGGUGCUGCCCAGCCUCGCCAUCAAUGCCUACGCGUAUGAACAGUUAGUGCAGCCUGACAUUGCCACUGUGGCGCCGGUCAACAAGUGGUUGGCCAGGGGGCUCUUCCUCAUGCAGGUGGCGCCCCACUACCUCAUAGGCAGGAAGGUAUUAUGGUGCUUCCGAGCCUGGCGUGCGGAGAGCUGGCCAUCUAAGCGGCGUCCGCCACAACGCCCACCACCAGGAUCCCUCGUCAAGACCCCGCAGGAGUUAUGGGACCAGGCAAAGGAGGAGACUGAAUCAGCAACAACAAAAUGGUUUCACUCUCUGCUGGAAUCUGUGCCUCAGUUAAGUGUGCAGUCUUACAUUCUGAUGGUCCUGCUCAGCCCUGGCGAGCCCACGCACUCUGAAGGGAUAGUGAUGAACGCCGGCCUGGUGGUGAGUGUGAUAGUGAGCCUGACGUCUGCAUCAUCUGGGUUGGCGUCGGUGGUGAGUGAGAGAGCUUGGGAGAGAGUGGCUGCCUCACUGGCCAUCUUCUUUACUCUUGGUUCGCGUGUGAUGGUGUGCAGUGGCGUCGGUACAAUCCACCCAGCGCUUUGGUUCGCCCCUGUCGCCGCCGCAACCUUCCUGGGAUUCGUGACAAAAGUAGCGGAAUCCACCGAGCGGACGUACCGUGCCAUGCUAUCCAAGGCUCAUAAGUAUCUAUUCAACGGAUUCGUGAUGGCCGUGGUGUGUCCGCCUUUCGAUACUGUAGGACUGUUUUGUUCAGCUCCCUAUGUACUAGCCGGUCUGUGCUUCCUUACUCUAAGACCUGACACCUUCGCUAACAUCGCAGUCUUUGUGAUGAGCAUCGUUGGGCAAGUUGUGUGGCUCGCUGUCGGCUUCUUUGUUACGGGAGAUGAGUAACGGUUGGGUUCAUAUCUAAAAAUGUCCUGUUCUCUAACCAUGACUGUUUUUAUAGGUCCUAGAGAGAUGAGUAUUCAGGUUCUCAUUGGUUAUUUUUUCAUAGAUAGCAUAGAAUUGAUGUUAAGAAAUUAAUGUGAUCAUGAAACACAAGAAAUGAAAUGAUACCAGAGGCUAUUUAAUUGAAGCAGUCGAGGUAAUACUGACGAAAUGUUUGAGAAUGUGGUUCUGAAUCCUUCCUCUAACGGUUUUCCUUCAUUUUCCUUCUCUUGGCAUGCUCUCUCACUUCAUGUAGGGAGAAUGUUUGUGACAGCCCUCCAACCAGCUGGCUUAUGCACAUGUUCCUGUGUCGGUUGUAUUUUUUUCGUCAUACUCGUAAAGUUCUUCCUCUCCUUUCCCGCACUCAUCUCCAUCUCUUUUCCUCUCACAUGUUUGAUACUGAAAAAAGUAAACAAACUGGAGUGAUUUCCUCUAGCAUCUUUUCAUUAAAUUCUCUACUACCAUUUUUUUUUCCAAGACUCAAUAUGCUUCUGUACAUACUCGUGAGCAAUCAAAUAAUACCAAUACCACAUC